AUGAAGCAGGAGACCUUUCUCCUAGUAUUAGGGCUCACUCAAUAAGUUUAAAUCCAUCUUUCAGACGAGUAUCGAUCUUAGUCCCUUCGCUUUUCAACUGUGAGUAAACGGGGGGACCGAGAUGCGUCUGGGGAUGGACUUUGCGCAGGUCUAAUACUUCUACCAGGAAGCGCAGGCGCCAUGCGUCGUCCUCAAGCGAAUCCGUACUUAAGGAGAAUGGAAGUACUAAGCGUGUGUGCUGGGUGGAGUAGUAUUGGUGUCAAUAUUUUGGUUAGGUAAGCAUGUGUACUGGGUGGAGUAGUAUUGGUGUCACAACAUUUUGGUUAGGCCUGUAGUAAGCACGGUAGUAUUGUCUUGUCGUCUUGUGUACUAGAACUAGUGUGUUGUACGUCACAAAAGACACUCUCGCUUCCAUCCAUGAGGUUCUAAUCCGUGAAAAUAAUCCUGGCAGCCAUGCCAAUAGCCGCACGACUUAUAGCGGACACCGUCAAUCAGGCACAGGCGGAGCUUACGCCUGCCCAGACGUAGUGCCGACUUGCGUUGGCGGUCUCAUGAUUAAGGUGCAAGUCGAGUACAUAUGACCAACAUAAAAAGGGUAAUGUAGCAAAAGAUAUAUAUUCAGAUUUUAAAUUUUUUACCGGGUUAAAGUAGCUAUUUACCUAGGCAGUUUAAGUAGGUAGGUAGGCUGUCGGCGUCUGGUAGGCUGCUGUGUGGGCCUUGGCUUCUUCAGAGCUUUGCAAGCCUCUCCAAUCUUUCGCAAAAAAGGCACAGGCGGAGCUUACGCCUGCCCAGACGGUCUCAUGAUUAAGGUGCAAGUCGAGUAUACAUUCUUGGAGUACUAGUUCAUUUCCAAGCAUUUUCAGCUACUUUCCACUCUAAGAUGUAGGUCGAGUACACAUUGGAGGUUCGCGGACAGGUAACCUGCGCCAACGAUGCGGUGACUGAAGUGCCGGUGUACAUCUACGGAACGCCACCCUUGGUAAUGCGUCCUCAAGUGGCCAUGGCUCAGAUUAAGAGGCUCAAAGUAUUUCAUGGUCACAGCUCCUUUUUCUCAGUUUCCUUCUAUUCUGACAAACCCAAGAAGCAAUCGUCUUUUUCUUUAAUUUACGGUGGUACUAGUACUUGUAGUACUAGUAGUGAACAACAUACUCCCAUCUUAUUAGAAUGGCUUUGACGAGCUCUAAUCGGAACUGGAGUCCACAAGUUUUCAAUACGACGAUUGUGAACAACCUGAAUCCCCAGAUGGGGUUGGUUUCGGACCCCUUUGCGGGGAUUCAAGGGCCGCCGUCACAAGUGCAAAUGCAAGGCCCUUCGUAUGGGACUAUGAUUAUGGCCAUAGUGACAGAUGGAUAAAAUUUUAGAAAGGAUCUUCGUAUGGGACAAUGGCUUUGUGAGGACCGAGUUACAGAAGUAAUAGAUAAGUAACUGCUUGAGUAGUUUUUGCCUGGUGGAGUUCUAUCCAGGUUCACGUUUUUAGUUUUAGUUAUUCUCCUGGUCAGAUGCAACUGGCUCUAAAUCUUGCAACAACAAUGGCGCAAUUAGUGCUGGAGGUGGCGGUUGUUACGCAGAGACGGAGCGACUGAUACCGACGGGAAUGCAGCCCAA